UAUGGCGCGCGAUGAUGAAACAAGUGCACUUGAAUUACAUAUAAAAGGUAAAUAUAUACUUAAAAAUAAAGAAUAUAAUAUAUGUUACAUGGCUUUUAACGUAAUUUUUUCAGUAAACGGACAAAAUUUAUCAGCGAUCUCGGAAAAACGUAAUAUUGGCACAUUACGACCUCCUUCCGAUCCGUCUUGGCCUAAAAUACCUUUACGUCGUUUAAACGAUGAUACCAAUGACAUUAUCGAACCUCCGUGUGUUGUUACUCUGAUAGGAACUCCUAGAAAAGGUCGUAGUAUAGUGCGAGCUGUUACAUGUCAACAUACUAGACCAAGAUUAAGCCAAAAGUACGAAGUACCCACGCACAUACCGAAAAGAUUGCCCGGUUCUAUCGAUCCACGUUUUAAAAGACAAAUAUCGCGACAGAAGGCUGAAAAGCCAGAUGAAUCUUGUGACACGAAGAAUGGCAAACAAACGCCAGGAAUUAAUACGCAUAUUCUGCAAGAAAUUAAUAAACCUGAGGAUAGAUUACAGGGAGCGAUUAAAAGUGCGGAUAAUUACACAUGCAAUGAUGCAGAUAAAUUAUUAGAAAGCGUUACAAAAAAGAGGACUAUUGAUUGUCUCACUGAAAAACAAUUCAUUUCGGAAGCUGAUCAUUAUAAAACGGCCUUGCAAUACGUUACUAACGAGCAAUGCGAUAUCGAAGAUAAAUUUCAAGUACAAAAACAAGAAACUAGCAGACCGCUGCUUUUAAUGGUUGAUGAAAAAAAGAUACACGCCCUGCCUAUUAACGCUUUUAAUAUAGAAGCUACCGCUUCUUCGAACGUACAGCCGUUGCAAUGUUAUAGCGUGCAAAUUCCUGUUGUUGCUUAUCAUAAUGUACCUUUACAAAUAUCGAAUAUACCAACGCAAGAGAGUAUUAAAAUCGAAUGUCAAAACGAUAGCAUGAAAAAUCGAGAAUUUGUCGGGAAUAUUUGCGAUCCAGUAUCAACGUUGGCCAAUUCGACUUAUGACUCCAAAGAAUCUGAAAAUGAGAAGUGUCUAUUUAAUGGUAAUAAAUUAUUUGCAAUAAUUUAUAUUGUUUACAUUCAUAAGAUGAAUGCUUUUGCGGAAUCUCUAGAAACUUUCUUACUCAUAUAUAUAUAUAUAUAUAUAUAUAUAUAUAUAUAUAUAUAUAUAUCAUUUUUAGGCAUUCGAGAACAUAUGAAGAACGGUAAUAAUAUUCCAGGGGACAAAAAUUGUGAAACAUCUGAUUCGAUACACGAUAAGGAAAACGUUAAUUUAAGUGUAUUACUCAAUCAGAAUACUGUACACGAGAUUUUACUUGAUAAAAGCCAUCGUGAAAAGUUUAAUACGAUAGAUAAUGCGGACAAUGUGAAAGAUGGCGAAAGUUCCUCGAACAUGACUACGGCUAGGAAAUUGAAAACAGUCGCCGAACAAAGAUGCAAUACAGAUAACUCGUGUAUCGCGAACAGAUACGGAAUCGAGCGGAAAACAUUGAGCGAAACGAGAAUAAUAAAGAAUUCGCUGCGAGAACUCGUGUAUCAUGAAAAAGAUAGCCGAGUCGAUUUAAACAAAUCCCCGAUAAACGUAAUAAAUAACAAAAUACUGAAGAAGGAUAUAGCAUUUAACGAGAUUAAAGGUAAAGAACGUGAUAACGAGAAUAAAGAAAAACACGGAGAACUACGCGUUAACGUAAAACGUAAAACUGCGCCGAUAAAUUUAUCGCGAAAGGCCAAAUCAUUCUUUCGGAAGAAAUCCCGUUUGGCGAUAACAGAUUCCGAUUGCACUCUGAUACUGCCCGGUUCUCGUCACGUUAAAGGUAAACAAUACGAGAGAACCCAUUUGAAGGUAAGUCAAUUGUUGCACAGAAGAAAUGGGAUAAAUAGUACGAAAUCUGGAGUACGAAUAAAAUUGAAUAACGUGAUACCAAGUCAUCGGAUAAACUCUUCUUCGUUGACGAAUCUACAAGCUAAGGGGGAUUUAUUCGAGGAACCAUCGUCCAUCCCUUUAGAGACGCAGGAAUUGUUGAAUCAGAGUUAUUGGGAGUAUUAUUGGAGGCUCAGGCGUAAGAUCGCAUUGACUAAUAAGGAUAAAGCGGGAGAGAAUGAUAAAUCACGAGAAUGUUUACCGGAAUCUCAAACCUUACAACAAUGUUCCGUGCUCUCUUGCAUGAUCAAUACGGCACUUCAAGAUUCGGCAAUUGCUGACGGUAAAUCAUCUUCGGAUCCGAUCGUCGCGACUUUCAACACGCGCGAGAACGUUUGUCACGAAGCUUCCGGAUUGUCGUCUUUGUUUGCGAAAAAAGCGAAACGAAGGAAAACCAAACGAGUGAGCAAACAGUUGUUCGGAUUUAGAACUAUAGCCUUACUUGGUAUCACGAUAUACAUCGCGAUCAUAUUUCUGCCUAUGAUAUACGAUUAUUUCUUUGAUGAGGAAUACGAGAAUGAUUACGAAAACGCGAAUUACAUCGGACUGGUGCUUCAGUACGUCGCAUCGUCGUUCGGAGAAGCCUUCGAUGGAAUCAUCGAUGUCUUGAACACAGUCUUUUUACACCCAGUAAGAUUCGAUCGAACUUUAUUAAGAAUCGUAUAAAUACACCACUCGUUCUACGUCUAUUCUACUAAACCGUGAGAAUCUCUCGCAUUAAACGUUCUGUAGUUAUGUGUCGUUUUCAGCGUC